CAGCGAGGAGACACCUUUUAUCGUCUCUGCGUUUCUUCCUUAUAACAGGUGGGACCUGUCUGCAUUUGUCUUCCCUCCAAAUGUGGAGACCGGGGCAAAGGUCAGAGUUCAGGCGGUUUUAGAAAUCACUGGAGAAGAUGUUGUGAAUGUGUAGGGAAGGGAGACUGAAAAGACGGAAUCAAGGUGGGGCGGGGUCAUCUGCGGCUCACACUGUGGGCAACGGGGGCCCAGUCUCAUGGACUUCUGACCACAGAACAAUCUCCACUCUGCCACCAGGAAGCAGGCCAGGGUCCUCGUCCGUUUGCCCCACUCCUUAGGAAUUGCUCCUGGAGAAAGGAGCUCUUGAACCUUGAGAUGAGAAACAUGUGCAGUCCUCGAGCAGAGGCGUGUAGGUACUGAUGGAUGACUAUGUACUGGGAAGAUACUUUGGACAAGAGGGCCCCUCCCCAACCAUCAUUCAGAAGUGUAGACUCUGUGACAGCUUAAGUCUAAGUCAGGAGCAGGUCAGAGGCCUGGCCAUCCACAGAAUAAGUCGUCAGCUUUGCUCAGAGUUUCUGUGCACUGAAGCCAUUUCUCUUUAGUGACAAAUUACCAACGCAGGACCCAAACCACGUAGUGAUAUCUUCUGCUUCCAGCUUGUGUUGUGAAACAUCACUUCCCCUCUGCUGCUCACAUUUUGCCUCCUCCUGACCCUUUACUUACUUUUCUACCCACCACAAAACCCACCACUCUCUCUCUCUCUCUCUCAAGCCCACAGGGAAAGCACAGCGAAGCCGACGCUAGGCUUUUGCUGCUAGGGCUGCGGGCAGAUGUGGGAUGGAAGUGCCGAACCCACGUUGAGUUUUCCACAAGACUACAUUAGAAGUUAAAUUCUCUUCCCCUGACACUGUAUGCCACAGGAGCACGCAUGUAAACCACCGCUUGUGUUCCGGCUGGAAGCUGACUUCUGUGCUGCCCUCCUCUCCAUGAGGAAGAACUCUAGGGCCUAGAGAGCUGUGGCUGUAGGGAGCCCAGGUCAUGCCAGAUGAGCAGUGUGUUAACACACAAGAGCACUGAAGCGGAAGAGAGAAAGUCCCAUUUCCACUCCGGAAAUCGGAGGUGCUCUCACCAGCACUGCUCUGCCUGCUCCCUGGCACCUACGUAGUUCCUGGAACAUAUUAGGUUCCAAUAAAUGUUUGGCUGGAUGCCACUAAACACAUGACACAGUAAGGCGUGAGAACAUAGGGGAAGCCUGUCGCCUCAGCUGAAUCAGCCUGGAUCCGGUUAUGGGACAUCUUGGAAAAUGAGCUGAAACCUAGAGAUUUUUCUUGCACGCAGGAGUCUGAGGUGCAGCUACUGGAGAAUGCCAAGCGCUUCACAGAGCAGAUCCAGCAGCAGCAGGUCCGUCUGCAGGAAGCUGAUGACUUUCCCAAUGUCUUCACCACUGAGGUCAGCAAACUUCGGGAGCAGCUGCUCAAGUACCAAAAUGAAUACACUGCAGUUCAAGAAAGGGAGUACCACACUCAGUACAGAUUGAACAGCUUAACGGAAGAAAAGAGUCUUGUAUUGAAGGAAUUUGAGAAGAUACCUAAGCCAGGAGAAAUAGAGAAGAAGACAAAGCUCCUGAAAGAAAGCACUGAAGAACUGCGCAAGGAGGUGAUCCAGAAGAGACUGGAGAUCAAAAACCUGCGGGAGGACGUGGUGUCCAAGCAGAAGCAAUUAAUGAAGGAGCAGAAGGAGCUGGAAGAACUGAUGGAUUAUCAGGUUGGCCUAAAGGAUGACGUGGUCCAUCAUCAAAGUGUUCCUGUACAAAUUACAAAGGAGAUAGAAAAACUAACACGCAGAAAAAUAGAAACAGAGAAGAAAAAUGUUGUCUUGGAAUUUGAGUUGAAAGAGCUCAGUGACUCUUUAAAGAAGCUUGAAAACAAAGUCAGUGCUCUUGCAGAAGAGAGGGAUGACACAAUAAAGGAAGUUGAGGGCAAGCGAACCUUACUAGAAGUCAAAGAACGAGAAUAUGGCCAACUGCUUAAACUAUUGGAAUUAACCAAAGAGAAUGAAGCCUCCUCGCUAGCUGAAAGAGGGAUCUUGGAUAUCAAUCUACGAAACUGCCUCAUGGACAAGCAGAAUUACCAUGAUGAACUUUCUCGUAAGCAACGAGAGAAAGAACGAGAUUUUCGGAAUCUGAAGAAGACAGAGCUGCUCCUGAAAGUGUCCUUGGAUGCGCUCUCUCAGGCUCAAGCCUUGAAUCAGAGGCUUCUACUAGAGAUGGAAGCUAUCCCCAAAGAAGACCUUUUAUUGCCUGAGCAAAGGAAGGAGCUCCACAAAGAGGUUGACCUGGCUAAGAGAAAUCUGGCUCAGCAGAGAUCUCUGUCAGAAGCCGAGGCCAAGUUAGUCGAGCAGCAGAUUGCGGAGGAAAACAAGCUUUUAAAGGAGCAAGAAACUAUGCGUGAGGUGCUGUUCAACCUCGGGCGAAUGACUCAGAUCAAAAUGGAAGAGAAAGAACAAAAGGCUAAGGACUUCCUGAAAUCCCAGCGAAGAUACUGCGACAUUAUUAAGGAAAUCAAAUCAAAGAAACUUGAAAUCAGGCUAUACAGGAAGAGAAAACGUGAAAUUCAUCGGAGACUCAAAGAAUUUGCCGGCUUGUAUGACGCAAUCAGAAAUGAAAGAAACAAGUUUGUUAACUUACUUCACAAAGCUUAUCAGAAAGUAAACGAAAUAAAAGAAAGGCUCAAAAUGUCAUUAAACGAGCUGGAAAUUUUAAGGAGCAGUGCUGUCUCUCAAGAAAGAAAACUGCAAAAUGCCAUGCUGAAGCACUCCAACAACGUGACCAUCAGGGAGAGCAUGCAGAAUGAUGUGUGCAAAAUCACUGCUAAACUCCAGGAAAUGAAGGAGAAGAAGGAGGCCCAGCUGACUAGCAUGGACAGACUGGCCAGCAUGAUCACCGUAAUCGAAGAGGAGAUGGUGCAGCUACGUAAGAAGUAUGAGAAGGCUGUUCAGCGGAGGAAUGAAAGUGGUGUUCAGCUGAUAGAGCGGGAAGAAGAAGUGUGCAUUUUCUACGAAAAAAUGAAUAUCCAAGAUAAGGUGAAACUACAUCAGGACAUCGAGAUCCACAUCCUUGAAGAAAAAAUCCGAUUCCUAAAACUCAAGGUUGCCGAGAAGCAAAGGCAAAUUUGUGUGACACAGAAAUUAGUGCCAAUCAAGAAGUCCUUGGAUGCCAACCUGGCUGUGGUCCAGAUUCAGUUUUCGCAGUGCGCAGAUAGGAUAAAAGCCCUGGAGAAAUGUUUUGUGAACCCCGACUGCCAGGGCAGAGUCCGCUUCAUUCCGGGGAAAGAUCUGACCGAAGAAGAAAUGAUCAAGAAAUUAGAUAUGCUGGAACUUCAGCUAGCCAAGAAGGAAGAGAAGUUACUGGAGAAGGAUUUCAUCUAUGAGCAGGUGUCCCAGCUCACAAACAGGCUCAAAACCAAAACUCAGGCUUGCAAGAUGGACACACUGCUCUUAGCCAAGAAGAUGAACAGCUACCAAAAAAAGAUCAAAGAUGUCACCCAGGAAAUGAUGGCUCUCGUUGCUGAGCUGUCCAUGAAACAAGCCCUAACCAUUGAACUCCAAAAGGAGGUGAGAGAGAAGGAAGAAUUCAUCUUCUCCUGCAGUUCCAGGAUAGAAAAGGGCCUCCCACUCAACAGAGAGAUCGAGAAGGACUGGCUGAAGGUACUUCGAGAUGAAGAAAUGUAUGCCUUUGCUACUGCUGAGAAGACUCGGGAGUACAUAGACACAGACUACAGGCAGCUGCCCAACGGUGUUUACACAACCGCAGAGCAGCGUCCAAACGCCUACAUUCCUGAAACAGACGCCACACUUCCUCUGCCCAAACCGUAUGGCGCGCUGGCUCCAUUUAAGCCCUCCGAGCCUGGAGCCAACAGGAGGCACAUCAGGAAACCCAUCAUAAAGCCUAUUGAGAUCUAAACGCAUGAAGCAAUCUGGCCUUCUCAGAGACCGGAGCCAGGCUUCAGACCUUCUGUGGAGAGCGGGCAUGGCAGCCUUGGGCUGCUGAUGAGCUGGGCACAGCCAACAGCGGUGGCUUGUUUUAAAACAGUGCUGUCCUCUUACAGUCACCAACCGUUACGUGACACUGGAUGGAACAUAGACUACAGUUACGUCAAUGUGUAUUUUAACUGCUUGUGUGUUUCUUUUUCACCGUGUAGUGACUACACUUCAGGAAUGUACAGUAGACAAGAUGCUAUAAAAGUUUAAAAUAAAUAACUUUUCAAUGAA